AUUUGGUCACGUGACUUGCGCCAUCAAUCGAUAUUUUGGACUUGAAUGCUUCUCUCGCGGGCUUGAAAGAUGGCGUCGACGCAUUCGCGGGGAUUUCACGACACCUACGAACUGAAGGAAGAACUAGGAAAAGGCGCAUUCAGUAUAGUGCGUCGAUGUAUCCACAAAGAAUCUCGUAUAGAAUAUGCUGCUAAAAUUAUCAAUACUAGGAAAUUAUCGAGCAGAGAUCUUCAAAAACUCGACCGAGAAGCAAGAAUUUGCCGGCUUUUAAAACACCCCAACAUUGUUAGACUCCAUGCAAGUAUCGCCGAGGAAGGCUACCACUAUCUAGUCUUUGAUUUAGUUACUGGAGGGGAAUUGUUUGAGGAUAUAGUAGCCAGGGAAUACUACAGUGAAGCUGAUGCAAGUCACUGCAUUCAACAGAUCAUUGAAAGUGUCCAACACUGCCAUACAAAUAAUGUAGUCCAUAGGGACCUCAAGCCAGAGAACUUAUUAUUAGCAAGUAAAGAGAAGAAUGCUGCUGUCAAAUUAGCGGACUUUGGUUUAGCAAUUGAAGUGGAGAUUGAGAAAACCGGAUGGUAUGGGUUCGCUGGUACUCCCGGAUACCUUUCGCCUGAGGUUCUCAAGAAAGAACCUUAUGGCAAACCCGUGGAUCUAUGGGCGUGUGGUGUUAUUCUCUAUAUCCUACUGGUCGGAUAUCCUCCAUUCUGGGACGAAGAUCAGCACAAGUUAUAUGCACAGAUUAAAACUGGAAAUUAUGAUUACCCAUCUCCUGAGUGGGACACGGUCACAGAUGAAGCAAAGGAUCUUAUUAACAUGAUGCUCACUGUCGACCAAAGCAAGAGAAUAGGUGCAGGCGAGGCCCUUAAACACCCAUGGAUUGUGAAUCGCGAACGAGUCGCCUCCAAAGUCCAUCGCCAAGAGACGCUUGACGGACUGAAGAAGUUCAAUGCGAGAAGAAAACUGAAGGGCGCCAUCUUAACAACUAUUGUGGCUCGUAGGUUCUCUGCUAACUCAGUAUCAUCUGCCCUAAGAAAUACUACCGAGCGCUCAAAGCAGAAGUCGGGAAGACUGGGUCGAGGACCAGAACUGAGACCGUUGGUCAAGAAAAAGAACUCAGAUGAAGAGUUGAUGGCCCACUCCGAGGACGAAGAAGGGCAAGACGUUACAGCGAAAGUUCGAGAACAAGAAAUUAUCAGGCUGACGCAAAAGCUGAUAACCAGCAUUACCACCGGAGACUACGACACUUAUAGCAAACUGGUAGAUCCCCAUGUCACGUGUUUUGAGCCGUUUUCCAAUGGAAAUCUCGUGGAGGGUUUGGAGUUCCACAAAUUCUACUUCGAUAAUACUCUCAGCAAGAGGUCGGUGCCCAUCAACACCACGAUCCUCUCGCCUCACGUGCAUGUACUUGGUGAAGACGCCGCCUGUAUUUGCUACAUGCGCCUAACACAGUCAGUGAACAGCUCUGGUGAAGCAAAGACUUUGCAGCAGGAAGAAACAAGAGUUUGGCAGAAAAAAGGCGGGAAUUGGAUAAAUGUUCACUUCCAUAUUUCAGGGAAAAUGAGCUAAGCUUCCAAAUUCCAUCCUAGGAAUUCGCCUCCUUGAAAAUUUAGGUCUCCCGCUAUAUCAAUUCUAGAAAUAUGCCAAUAUAAGCUCACAUAUGAUGCGACUGAGAAACGGCUACCUCUUAACAUGAUAUUUAUCUUGAAAAAUGCGGAGACACUAUUCACCAAAUAUGGUAUGAUUUACCAAUUAUGGCACGAAUGUCCAAAUACGGCAUAAAUGACCAAAUAUGGUACGACAUAAAAGCUAUACAUUCAGAUCCAUAGUGAGCCAUGGAGCGGUAAAUAUAAUUUGUGAAUAUUGUUUGUAAAAAGUGCCUUUUGCGAAAUUACUGUAUGUAUAGAUAGGAUAAAUUGUAGUUAUUUGAAUUUUUAUUUCUAUGAUAACCAUAUUAGUAUUUUAACGUAGAGUAUUUUUCAUUGUUUAUUCAAAAAGGGGCAUAUCGUCCCCAUCAAUUGCAUAAAAACAUGAUAUUCAUUGAUAUAUUUUGUAUGUGGAUAUCCGUUUAAUCUCGACUUUUAGGAUUACCAUAGAAACGCCUUGGCUAAUAACGGUCGACAUAUUGUUCCACGAACGAAAGGAGAUGUGGGUAAUAUUUUAAACACGAGCUAGAAUUAAGAAACUGAAACGAAUAAUUUGAAGACUUGAAAAUCUCGUGUGUAAUUGGUUGGAAUAAUUACAUUUUUACCAUUCACUGGUAGUGUUGCACAUGGUUAAUACGUUUACAAAUGUGCGUAGUCAUAGAAAGCUGUUACGAAAUGUUAUUGAAUGAAAAAGUCAGCUGUUUGUCGAGCGAAGCAGGAGGAGCACGUAUUCCUACGUUUCUGGUCAUUUUAGUUAAAUUAAGAGAAUUAAAAGGAUGUCCAAUCAAGAAAUUAAGAAAUCUUUAACAAUUUUAUUUAAUUGUUGUCAUUAUAUUUACAUGUAUAUUGUAAUCUCAGAAUUUGAACUUGUAGCAUUUUAUUAGUAUUUCUCUAUCAACCAACCUUGUGCCAAAAAGAGGUCUUGGAAAUUAUUUCUUAUAAUUUUCCACUCGAACCGAGCUUAGAACACUUUGUAGAUGCGUUGGUGGCUACACAAGAGCGGGGCCUGGUGAGGAGUAACUGCUCGCACAAGUCCAAACCGCUAACCAUGCAGUAAGAUCCCAGUAGUUCAUUCUAAGAAAAACACGGUUGCCAAGUACAAAUCCCCGUUUCUUCGGCAAAAUACCGUAGCUAUUCUACGUUGUUUUUUCUCUCGUUUCAUCUCAAGAAAAAAUAUCAGUGCUAUUAGAUAACAAUUAUAUAGAGAAAUAAAAAUGUGAGAAUAUUA